AUGGAAAGUGAUUGGAUGUAUGCAAGAUGCAGCAUUGUAGUUGUCAAAGUAUUUUCAAAAAUGAUGCAAGAGAUCCUAGAGAAGUCUUCAAUUCAACCAGAACAGCUAUACCAAAUUAUAAUGAGAACACAAAAAUUUAAAACAAGAUUGAAAAGUUCGGAAAUGAUAGCCAUACAAACGUUGCAAACAGACGGCUAUUCAAAACUAGAUGUUAGUCUUGUAUACAAAAUAGCGAAAUUCUUUAAUUUGAUUCCACCUCCUUUACGAAAAUGGGGUUCAAAACCUUUACCGCUUGAAACUGAGAUUGGCGACGAUGUUGAACGGAUCAGAAUUGGUAGGAACAAUUUUGUCCACAGGGUUACUUGUGAAAUGACAAAUGCAGAAAUGUCUGCUUUCUUCGAUGAGUUUAUUCAAGUCGCAGAACGUGUUGAUAGUUACUUGGGUAAACCAUACGGUACAGGACAUAAAGAUGCUAUAAUACAAUGCCAAACUUGCUCCUACGAUAGCGAAAUGGAAAGAAGUUCAAAAGCUGCACAAGACAUUGAAUCGUUAAAAGAGAAGAUACGUUUAACUGUGGAAAAUAAAGUUAUUCAUGUUUUGUAUGGACACUCAUUCAAAGAACUUAUCGAUGAAGUGCAAAAGGAGGAAUGUUCAUCAACCUCUGCUGUAACGUUUAUUGUCAAAGGAGUGAAAGAUUCACAAGAGAAAACAGAAUUAUUGAACUCUCUGAAAGAUCAGAUAAAUAGCGGCUCAGUAUGUAUAGAGUUCAAACAAGCAAGAAACGGCAGCAUAUUGGUAUUCGCAAGCAUAAAAACAUCAGUGUUGAAGAAUGAAAAUUGUUUUAUAAAAGAAGUUGCAGAAUUUGUUCAAAGAAUUUUUAAACUGGGAAAACUUGCUACAUCAACGGAAAAUGCGUGCAAUAUCAUCAUUGUACCUGAUGAAGAACCCACAGAAGACUUGGAAGAUUCUAGUGAUGAUGAAAGAAGUGAAGUUGGGGAUAUUAUUUUGGAUCUUGAAGUUUCAAAUGAAGUCUUAAAAACAGAUGAGUCAUUCAAACAGCACUUUGGAGGAUUUGCGACGAAAAUGAUGAACCUUACCAAUGGCAAAGAUAAAAUGGAAAACUCAGACCAUGUAGCAAUACUGUAUCCGUGUCAAAAAGGUAUUUCCACCAGCGUUGAAGAACAUGGUCUUGAUACACAAAAUCAAACAAAUAUAUCAAAAUCAUUGAUCGAAACACACGAAAAACUACAGGAAGGUAAUUGUGUUGAUAGUUCCGCUAGAUUAACACAGGCACAAAGUCCAAGAAUACCAUGUACUAAAUCCGACGACAUAAGAGAAGAAAAUGGAAAGCGAAAUGAAAAUGUUUCUUUAGGAAUUAAGUUUGAAGAUGAUACUAAAGAUGUUAAUGUAGAGGACUCACUAUUGAUGGUUCAAAUUCAGGGAGAUGAUGACAGCAAUACUGAUUUUCAACGGUUCAUUAAAGAAAUCGGUUUAGAAAAUUAUUUCCCGAGUAAAAUUGAUUUAAUGGAUGUAAUGCAAAUUAAAGAAACAAAAACAUUACUUUCCUACACAGAUAUCCCAUGGUUGGUUUUAAAGCAAAUAAUAAUGAUAAAUUACACGGCUCGAGACAAAAUGGUUCAGGAAUGGCUUGAAAAAAUUCCCCAGAAGACAAAAUCCCACAAUCAAGGUUUACAGUAUGAUGAGUUUUUGGAUGAUUUGUUUCACAACAUUGAACAUCAGCAUGACUUGAACCCACUUGAUCUUUUUGUUGCACUUUUUCAGUGUUGCUCUACUAUUUUCAAACAGAUUCUCGCAGAAAAAAUGUUUGUAUGUAAACUAGCUGUGCCAAUAUGUUUUCCACCUCAAACAAACAAAAAUUUACAUUUCUCAACGUGGACUUUACGGUCAAUUGUAGUAGAUUGUAUUACAGAUACCAAAGCAACAGUGCAAUCUUCUGUCAUGGAUUGUCCUUGUCAUGUGAUAGGAUUUUUGCGAUUAGGCGAAAUAAAUGUCUCAAAAUCAAAGUUAAUCAAUGAUGUAUUAUCUGAUCAAUAUCACAAUACAUUCUUUAAUAAGGAUUGUCCCCUCGGCACAGUUAGACGAAGAAUAAGUGAAGGUCUUAUAGAAGGUGCAUGGUACAUACCAUCUGAACGAUCUCGUUUUUUUGAUAAUGUUACCAUGUUUCUUAAUCUUAGAGGUAACAGCCAAAAACAUUACAAACAGUUAGAACUUAUCGCAAAAUUAUCUUCCGUAGUUAUUGUUAUAACCGAUAUCAGAAAACUUCAAAUAAAAGAGACGAAGGAAGUUUUACUUCAAAUACACAAAUCAAAUGUGGGUGUAAUUUUGGCAAUUGAAGCGAACAACACAGACACAGAGACAGCGGCGAAUAUUUAUAAGGCAUAUAAACAUGAGACACGUCAUUAUCAGUCUAAAACAUCGUUUUGUAUGCUAUCCAAAGAUGGAACAAUUACGAGUUCGUCUGAUGUAAGGAAGGCCAUCAGGCAAAAAAUAUUCGAAUUGUUACGGAACACUAGACAUAUACCUUUGCUUAAUCGUUUGAAUGAAAUAAGUAGUCAAAGUGUUGUGUCUACUACCCCCUUUAUUGAUUUGGAGAGAAAGGCAAAAGAAAUACUGGACUGCAUUCCCGCAGAAGUUGACAAAUUCAAAGACAUUAUUGUUCCAUUACAAGGUAAGACAUGGCAAAAAUGGAGCAACCACUGCAAAACUUUGAAUAAAACAACUCUAUACACUUCUUUACAAGAAGGUGACCAAAUAAAACAGGCUAUGAACAAACAAAGAGCAAUUCAGUCGAAUAUUUGCGAAAACUUGGGACAGUUUAUGCAUAUCUUCGUAGCUACAUUACUGCAUACUUUGGAUGUAGACCAUGCUUUCAUAUUGUUUAUCAGAUGGUUAAAAUUACUACUGGAUGACAGGUCUCGCAACGUCAUUCCAAAACAUUUAGCAAGAUAUCAACGAGAAUGGCAGUCAUUUAGAUCUGUAAAAAAUACAAAAGAUCAUGAACGAAUUGAUCAGAUAAAACAUCAACUUAACGAAAGUGAAUAUGAAUUAGCUGAAGCUUCUUUCGGAUUUGAACAUUUAAUUCGUGAAGUUGGUCAAAUGUACGAGGCAAUUAUAGAAGGAAAGUCAAAGUCAAGAGGAAUAUGUGAACUUGCAGAGAAGUUGCCAGUAAUAGGUGCUAAGCUACUUCUAACUGGUCACCCAUUCGAGCUUAUGGAUGGAGAUGUUGCAAAUGUUCCACUCACAUGGGUAAAAGCCGUUCUAAAUCAACUAAAGGAAAUAAUUGGCGACAAAAAACUUUUAGCGUUAUCCGUACUAGGCGUGCAAAGUUCGGGGAAAUCAACAUUUCUAAACACAAUGUUUGGACUUCAGUUUGCAGUUAGCGCUGGUCGUUGUACACGUGGUGUAUUUAUGCAAUUAGUUCCAGUCAUCACAUCUGAAAGGUUGUUUGACUUUGUUGUUGUUAUAGAUACGGAAGGCCUACGAGCGCCAGAACUCGCAUAUCAGAAAUAUAGCCAUGACAAUGAGCUAGCCACUUUUGUUAUUGGAUUGGGAGACAUAACAAUUGUUAAUAUUAAAGGGGAAAACACUGCAGAAGUGAAAGACGUUUUGCAAAUAGCUGUUCACGCUUUCUUACGAUUGAAGCUUGCAAAUGAAAGACUAAAUUUGAAACAGAAAUGCAUAUUUAUUCAUCAAAAUGUUCCAGCAUGUGACGCAAACGACAAAAUGAUGCAAGGCAGACAAAAGUUUCUUGAAACUCUUGAUGAAAUGACAAAAGAAGCAGCCGAACAGGAGAAGAUAGCUGAUAUAAAAUCAUUCAGCCAGGUUAUAGAUUUUGACUGUGAAAAAGAUGUUUGGUAUAUUUCUGAUCUUUGGAGUGGCGAUCCCCCAAUGUCACCUGCAAAUCAAGGGUACAGCAGGCGAGUUGCAGAGGUCAAACAUGCAAUAUUACAUGAUUUAGCUUCAACAAGGGAAACAUACUUGACCAUAACAGAUACCAUAUUGCGAAUAGAUGAUCUUUGGAAAGGGAUACUUAAAGACGAUUUUGUUUUUAGCUUUAGAAACAGUUUGGAGCUAAAGGCAUAUAACAAUAUGGAAAGAAAAUACCAAGCAUUAACUUGGAAACUAGAAAAAUUUGUAUCCGAAUUCGGUUUGUUGCAGGCAAAAGGAGAACUUUUAUAUUGCGUUAAUGAACAAGAUUUAGCGAACGCAGUUCCGAGAAUUAUGAAACUCCUUUCUCAAGAAGUUUCAAAACAGUUCAAUGUUCUGAUAAAUGAACUAGAUACCUUCGUAGAAUCUAGUUCGUUAAAAGAUGUAAUGAUCCAAUGGAAGCAAAAUAAACAUAACAGAUUAAAAAUGCUUUCAGAUGAAUUGAUUGACAGGUCGAAGGCUGACAUUAUGAAAACAAAAGAAGAAAUAAGAAUAGAGAAACUCAAAGUUAGCGAACAAAAACGUCACGAAAUGGAAGUAAAUGAACUUGCACAUCAGCUUGCCAUUGAAAUGAGAGGUCAAAAGCCUAGUAAUGAUGUUUUGAAGCAUAAAUUUGAGCAAAUGUGGAAGAGUUGGAUAACUAAGUUUGAAACAGAACCAACUGAAAAUGAAAUAUCUAUUAAAGAUCAAAUUGAUUCCCUCCAGUUGGAAAAAUUUCGGUCUGAUGCUGCCUUUAUGGAGGGCCAGUCGGGGGACAGAAUAUCUGUGAUGCAUAUUGAUGAAUAUAUAUCUAUAAAAGACGAAAUCGCCGCUAUGCUAUCAAUGAAAUUUGAAGGAUGGAUACCAUCGUAUGUAGUUGAACUUUCCGACCAAGAAAGUCAAAUCUAUCACAAUCUGAAGAGCCUUAUUGGGACUGUUGAAAAAAAUGAUAUUCAGCGAAAUCAUUUUAGUAUCAAAAGAUCAUUUUAUGGAAUUGGUUGGCAAUUGGAAGAUAUAGUUGUAUGUCGUAGCCAAAUUAUAGAGGUUACUAACAAGCUGUUGGAAAAAAUUGAUUCAAGACUUGAUCAGUUAAAAACAAUGGAAGUGAAAUUUAGAAUUCACUAUGCAGAUGAAAUUCUAGAUAUUAUUGUACAUCAUAUCGAAGAUCAUAACAGACAUUUGACAAACACCUAUAAAUUUGAUCUACUGCUGCCUUAUAUGAAAAUGAUUAUUAUUCAUGUUUUUCGUUACCUAGUGAUAUGGUUCACUCAUGCAAAUGUUAGGUUUAAUAAGACUAAAAGCAUUGAAACGUCUAUCAAGCAUCCAGUAGGAAACGAGAUCGAAGACACGCCUACUCAGAAAAUGCACCUGAGCCCAGAUGUACACACGAAUACCAGCAAUAGAAGAACAGUACAAUAUCAAAAAAUGAAAAAAUUAGAAGGUACCAUUACCUCCUCGCAGAUAUCUAGUAAUCAUAUAAGCAUUAUAAAAAAACUGAAGGAUUGCAGCUGGGGCACUCAAAAUGAUUACAGAAGAAUGGCGGUACAGGUUACAAAUAAAAUAUUUCGAAAAAUUGACACAAGACUAGCUGAAUACAGCACACAAGAUGUUCGAUUUGAAAUUUCAUAUGCAACAGAAAUUCUAAUGAUUAUAUCUGAUGAAAUAGAGGAACACAAUGAACAUCGAAAUAAUGACUAUCCAUUUAAUUUAUUGUCAACUUACAGAGCGAUGGUUGUUACACAUGUAACUUCUUACAUAACGUAUUUUUUCAUUCGACUAAAUGACAGUUACGUUAAGAAGCAUAGUCCAAAAGCUCAAAUGGAAGUGUACAAAGGUACUGUUUGGUGUAUAUUCAUGAACGUUUUCGAAAGCAAGACGGAAAAUGUGAUAGCUGCUCUAUUUUUUAAGGAUGCUGUCACCAAAACUACCAUUGAUCAUGUUGCUGAUCUUCUAUCAAUAGAUGUCCAAGAGCAUGUAAUGACAUCUUUCAGUCAUGAAAAGUACAGCCUUAUGAAAUCAAUUAUGGUAGAUUUGGCUCAAUUGGAAAGUUUCGAACACUACAUUAGAUUUAUAAUGGACCCAAGCGAAUACGCAAGAUUUUGGUUAACAAAACACAUGAAUGAAACCAUUUUUGAAAGGAAUCAUGACAAGCACAGUACAUACGGCAAUUUGGCAAAACGACACAUUCAAAAGUUGCUGACUCAGCUAGAAGAAUGUGUAGCAAAAGCAACUAGACAAUGUAAACAGAACAAAGAAGAGAGUAUUUCAAAAUGGCUACACUUGUUCAUUCAUAAUACUCGCGAAAACAAUGUUAUUCCAUUUCCUAAUGACACUUUCAUUCAUGUCCAAUCCCAAAACGUUCCAGACAUCCAAAACUUUACAGAAAUAAUAGCAAGAGAUCUAAAUGAUGUGAGACAGGAAACAUUUGAACAUUUUAACAAUGUUACUAAUAACACUAUCCAAUGGAAGGAAACGCCAGUAACAAAAAUAAUGAAUAAGCUAUGGGGUUGUACAUCAAAAUGUAUGUUUUGUGCAGAGCCAUGCAGAAAUACCGAUAAAGAUCAUGUGCAACAAGGAUUUAAACAUAAAUGCAUACAGCACAGACCACAGGGAAUCGGUGGUUUUCGAAAUUUAAAUAACCAAACGCUGGUUGUUGAAUUCUGUAAUUUCUUAGUUUCGUCUAAAGAUAGUUUCAAAUUCGAUGAUAAAGAACAUUUAAAACCAUACAAACAAUACAAGAGAUACUUUCCUGACUGGGAUAUUUCACCAACAUCUGACACCUCAAAAUACUGGAUGUGGGUUAUGUUUCGCUUUCAGCAUGAACUAAUGCUACAUCAUGUAGCCAAAUUACCGGAUAUGCCCAAAAGCUGGAGAAGAAUUACCAAAGAGGAAGCAAUCAACAGUCUCUCAAAUAACUAUAGUUAAGCAUU